UUGCAUGUGUUUUCUGUUUAUUGUUUAUUUACUUGUAGAAAACGAAAUUGUUAUGAAUCACAGUUGUCCUGCAAAAUUUAGAAUAAAAACUAUUACGAAAAAUAAUUGGAAUUUCUAUAAAACUUUAACUGCAUUUACAAAUUUAAUACACUAAUUAAGGAAUGGCUGAAAGUAAAUUGGAUAUAAUUUUAGAAUUCAGCGGAGGAGCAGAAACUUUGUUCGAAGGAAUUAAAAAAAGAACUGUGUCUUUAAAUGGUAAUAAGAAAUGGACAGUAAAGGAGUUUCUAGUUUAUUUAAAAAAUGAAUUACUAAAAGGAAAUGAAGAAUUAUUUAUUCAAGCAGAUUCAGUUCGACCCGGAAUAUUGAUACUAAUUAAUGAUACUGAUUGGGAAUUAAUGGGUGAACUAGACUAUGAAUUACAACAUAAAGACAACAUUUUGUUCAUUUCAACUCUUCACGGUGGUUAAAUAAUACCCAGUUACCUACCUUAAAAUAAGCUACUGUACUUUUAUAAAUUAAAUAAAAAAAUAUCUAUAAAUUAAUUUUUUU